UGCGAAUGUGACUCGAGAGACGCGAUAUUAAUUCGACAUAGCUGCAACGUGAAUUUUGGGUGAAGAUUUAGUAUAACUUUUAAUUUUAUUUGUUAAUCAAUAUAUUUCAUAAACCCAAUCGAAUUUGUGUGAAUUGAGACUUGUCGAGGACAAACGAUACUGAACGGAGGCUAAUUCUCGACACCUGGCACCUCCGACGGGAUUGCGAACUCGUUGAACAACGAUGGAAGAAGAAAAAGAGAGUACUGCUGGAGAGACAGUUACGGAAAUGGCCGUUCAACCAACCGGAGAAAGUAUACCUCCAGAAUUGACAAAGGCAGACAUCGAAUUGGAGACGAAAUUAUCCCAGCUGAAAUUGGUUACGAGAAGGUCAGAUAAAAUCCUGGCAACAGGUAAGCGUGAAACUAUAAAACGCCAUAUCGAAACACUGCAAUCUGUAAACACCGCGGCUAACGAGUGCAAGCGCAAAGUUGAGGAACAGAAAAUCGCGAGAAAAACAAGCAUGAGCGAAAUUUCCGAUUGGAGCGACAGUGUUGAGGCGACACUCGAAGUAGCUGAUUUACAGAUUUCAAAGUUGAGCGAUUGGUUAGCUGAAGAGAAACGUAACGCUAAGGCUGCAGGACUAGAGCAGCAACGUGAGGCAGAACUAAAGUUGCAUGAACAGAAACUACGCAUGCAAAGGGAAAUGACCCCACCCAAACCGGAAACUCAGGAAUGCCCAAGUCGAAACGCAAAGCUACCGAAACUUGUGAUCACGAAGUUUAAUGGGUCAUUUAAAGACUGGCCUAGGUUUUGGGGACAAUUUACCGAAGGGAUUGAUAAGAGUUCCGUGGCCCCCAUUACCAAGUUUACGUAUUUGUUAGAAUUAUUGGGUCCAAAGGUCAAAACAUGCGUCGAGUCCCUGCCCUUUUCAACCGAAGGUUACAAUAGAGCCAAAGCCAUUCUCCAAGACAAUUACGGCAAGGAAUCCGAGAUUGUCAAAAGCUAUAUAAGGGAGAUUCUCGAUCUACCUCAUAUUCCGAACAGUAACCCCCGUAGAAUUGCCGAAUUUAGUGAGACUUUGACCUAUUGCGUGCGAGCCUUGCAGACCUUGAGGAAACUCGAUCAGGUUAACGGAAAUGUCUCGAUGACAUUAGAUAAAUUGUCAGGUAUCAGGGGCGAUUUAGUUAGAACCGAUCCUGAAUGGGAAACAUGGGAUUUCGAGAAGUUAGCUGAGGCAUUGCGACAGUGGGUAAAACGCAAUCCGGUAAACGAAAGCGACCCUCCGCGCAAAGAUGAUUACCGUAAGAAGUUGUUUCGCGCGAGCGGAAAUGAACAAAAACUUUUGGGCUGUGUUCAUUGCGGCGAUCUUGGCCAUAAGGCGGUUUCAUGCACAAAUGUCGUGAAUCCCAGUGACCGAAAGCAAAUUUUAGCAAGAAAGGGUUUGUGCUUUAACUGCGCUACGAAAUUUCACCGAGCUUCGGACUGUGCCAGCAAGACGUCUUGUGGGCAUUGCAACAAGCGUCAUCACUCAUCCAUCUGCGAACAGUACAAGCAUGAACGCGACGAAAGGUCUGGUCAAGAUCAUACAAAAGAAGGGGACCAAUCACCCGGGGCUAAGAAAGUGAUGACAGAUGGGGCAAGCGCGGAAGGGAUAUUUCCAGUCGUUGUUGUGAAAGUUAAUGGUGUAAUGACUCGCGCACUUAUUGAUUCUGGCGCCGGCAGUUCCUAUGCGUCCGCGAAACUUGUCAACGCGUUAAACAUUAAACCCAGCGAAAUAAAGAGCCAGCGAAUAGACAUGUUGAUGACUUCGCAAACAAAGCGAAUAGAAGUUUUCGAUGUAGAAGUUAGUUCCUUGGACGAUUCGUGCAAAAUAAACGUGAGCUUGAACAAAGUUGAAAAGAGCGAGCUUCUGACAACUGGUAACCCCAAUUACGACCAACUCGUGAGACGAUAUAAACAUUUGAAUUCGGUCAAAAUGGACGAACGCGACACAAAGAGUGAGCUACCCAUUCACCUCGUGCUGGGAAACGGCGAGUAUGCUCGGAUAAAAACAAGGACCAAACCCCUGGUAGGAAAGGACGGUGAUCCCGUGGCGGAAUUUACAAGGUUUGGUUGGAUGAUCAUGAGUCCUGGAAUCGAGUUGGACCAGAAUACGAUGCUACUGACCACAACAUCUCAAAACGAUUUCGAGCGAUUGUGUCGGUUAGACGUCCUCGGUCUUGAAGAACCCACCGAGGAAGGCUCUCAAGCGAUUUACGAUGAUUUUAAAGACGAGCUCACACGCGACAAAGAAGGCUGGUACGAGACUAGCUUACCGUGGAAAUCGCAUCAUCCACACCUUCCGUCGAACAAAAGAGGAAGCAUAAGGAGACUUAACAACCUGGUGAAACGUCUCGAGAAAAGAGGAAUUUACAAAGAGUACAACGAUAUUAUUCAAGAUCAGCUCGUGAAAGGUAUUGUCGAACCAGCACCUGCCACAGCAAAGGGUAAAGAGUUUUACAUUCCCCACAAGCCCGUCGUAAAGGAGACCGCAGAGACGACGAAACUUCGGGUCGUUUACGACGCGUCCGCCAAAGAAUCGGCAUCUGAUCCAUCCUUGAACGAAUGCUUGAACCCUGGCCCACCACUCCAGAACCACCUGUGGGAUAUUUUAGUUCGUCUACGUUUCCUCCCCAUCGUGCUGACCGCUGAUCUCGAGAAAGCCUUCCUGCAAGUCCGGAUACGCGAAAACCAACGAGAUUCCCUACGCUUCCAUUGGAAGGCACCAGAUAGUGACGACCUCACAGUCUAUCGGUUUACUAGGGCGCUGUUUGGGCUGACCUGUUCUCCCUUCCUUCUUGGAGGUGUCCUGAACGAACACCUAAAGAGUUGGGAGAAAAGAUAUCCGGCUCUGGUGGAAGAGAUAAAAGGCGGCCUGUAUGUCGAUGAUGUGAUGGAGGGAGGUGAUAAUGUUGAAGAGGUCAAAGAGAAGAAAGCGAAGACGGUUAGUAUUUUUGAGGAUGCCACUUUCCACCUGCAUAAAUGGCACUCAAACGCCUCUGAACUCGAGGAUACCGACCAGAGCGCCAAUGAAGGCAACGUGGGCAACCCGGAAACUACCUUCGCGAAACAGCAGCUGGGCACAAAGGGGACUGAGACAAAGAUCCUCGGUAUGGGUUGGAACAAAGCUCAAGACCGUUUAAGUGUUGUAGUAAACAAAGAACGAGACGAAGCAUCUACGAAAAGGGAGGCCCUGUCGCAGGUUGCAAGUGUGUACGACCCACUCGGCCUGGUUUCCCCAACUACCCUAGUAGCAAAACUACUGUACCGUGAAAUGUGUGAAGAGCAACUUGCCUGGGAUGAAGAACUUAACGGUUCUUUGAAGAGACGGUGGAAAGAGUGGUACGAAAACCUGCCAGGCCAGUACACGGUCCCUCGAACUUUAGCCCCUCACAGAGAGCCAGUACAGUCAAUCACCCUUCACGGAUUCGGGGAUGCCAGUAAGAACGGAGUUUCUGCGGUCGUCUACGCAGUCGCAGAGCAAGAGAGCGGAACAACCCAAGGUAUCGUGUGUGCAAAGUCCAGACUUGCAAAGAAGAGCCUCACGAUUCCCCGUUUAGAGCUUGUCGCUGGUCAUAUGACCGCAAACUUAGUGACGAACGUCGAGCGAGCGAUCGGAAUGGAGAAGGUGACCGAGAUACACUGUUGGUUGGACUCGACAGUCGCGUUAUAUUGGAUCAAUGGACAAGGCGAGUACCGGCAAUUCGUAUCCAACCGAGUGAAAAAGGUCAAAGAACUCGACCGGAUCAGAUGGCAUCACGUCCCAACGAACGAGAAUCCCGCUGACCUAGGGAGCCGCGGAGGAGAUGUGGUGGGAAACGAGUUAUGGAAGCACGGUCCAACGUGGCUUAACAACCAGGAGACGUGGCCACCGGAAGUUGUUCCUGUGGCGAGUUCGGAUUCGAAGCAAGAGGAAAAACCGUCGACGCGAGUUUUGGUCACGAUGAAUCAAACGGCACACGAGGACGUGUUUGACCAACUACUAGAGCGGUAUACGUUGCGGAAAACCCUUCGAAUUUGUGCUUGGAUUAACCGCUUCAUUCAACACACCCAAAGGAAAGCGAAGUCCCUGGGACCGAUAAAGACGCAGGAGAUCGAAGACGCACGGUUGUGGUGGAUUAAACGAGUUCAAGAUGGAGCUAGGGACGCACCGGAAUUCGAGAGUACGAAAAUCGAGCUAAACCUCCAACCUAACCAGAACGGAAUUCUAGAGUGUCGCGGGCGAAUCGAAGGCGAGUAUCCGGUAUACUUGCCUGCAAAUUCGCAGUUUUCAAAGAAACUAGUCGAACAAGCGCACAUCAUCACUCUUCACGGGGGAGUACCGGCGACCAUGGCUGAAGUUCGUGAGCGAUACUGGAUACCUAGACUACGUCGCCUUGUGAAGCAGGUACGAAGCAAAUGUCAUGGAUGUGUGCGAUUCCGCGCUCGUGCGUAUCACAGACCACCGCCUGGACGACUACCAGUUACGCGAACGCAAGGAGAAACCCCAUUCCAAGUGAUAGGAGUCGACUUCGCUGGACCAAUCAAAUACAAAACAGCAGGAAAAGCGGAAAAGAAAGCGUAUCUGGUACUUUACGCGUGCAGCCUCACAAGAGCAGUUCAUUUGGAGCUGUUGAAAUCAUUGGAGGUUGUCCAAUUUCUGCCUAGCCUAAAAAGAUUGAUCGCUCGAAGGGGGAGACCACAAAUCAUAUACUCAGAUAAUGCCACUACGUUCAAGGCUGCGGCAAACUGGCUGAAAAAGGCAAUUGGAAAUGAGAUCAUAAACGGUUUCCUUACGGACAAGGAGAUCCAUUGGAGGUUUAACCUGAGUCGCGCACCCUGGUGGGGUGGACAGUUCGAGCGGUUGAUCGGGCUCUUUAAACGAUGUUUUUAUAAAAGUAUCGGGAACGGUAAUCUAACCUUUGAAGAAUUAUCAGACGUGAUCCUAGACAUAGAAGUUGUAAUGAACAAUCGACCGUUAACAUACGUUGAAGACGACGUAGAACAAACUGUUCUCACCCCCGCAAGAAUGUUGCAGAUAAAUCCAGUUAUCUUACCUGAAGUGGAAUCUUAUCACGUUGAGGACCACAGCCUUCGGAAGAGAGCGAAGUUUCUUCGUAGAUGCAAGGAUUUGUUGUGGAGACGGUGGUAUAGAGAAUACGUUCGUGGGCUAAGAGAUCGACACCGACAAGAUAAUGGGAAAAACGCAGAUCAUCCCAACCGUGGUGAUGCUGUUAUCAUCGAAGGAGAGGAGAAGAACAGAAAUUUAUGGAAGAUGGGCGUAGUCGAAGAGCUGAUUCGAGGGCGUGAUGACGUAGUACGGGGAGCAAAGAUCAGGACGCCAAAUGGAAUUCUUGAACGUGCAAUACAGCAACUCUACCCGAUAGAACUUUCCUGUGACUUACCACCUCCAACCACUUUAAACCCAGACACCCCUCCCUUCCAACCCCGACCGAAACGUGAUGCAGCAGCAGCGGCAGCAAUCCGCUUACGGGAUCAAGCAGAAGAAGAUGAACGGUGACACUUAUCCAUAUUAGGACACUAAUAUUAGAUUGCAUUUAAGCUUGAAUCAGUAGCACUAGCUCAGACCCUUUGUAGACAUAUAUCACAGCACUAAGAUAUAUGGGGGGAGUGUGUCGGGACUGAGCGACAACGGGGCGCACGAAAU